AUGGAAACCACUUCGAACACACUGGCGUGGGGUAUUGUCUACGUUCUGAACCAUUUAGAUGUGCAGACCAAAAUCCAUGAAGAACUGGACCGUGAGAUUGGUUCAGCUCGACCGGUUACGAUGUCCGACAGGAAUUCCCUACCGUAUCUGAACGCAGUUAUUAACGAAAUUCAACGGAUGGCCAAUUUGGUGCCGUUGAAUUUGAUACACGAAACAACACGAGACGUAUCGGCAGGAAAAUGGUGUCUUCCUGCGAAAACUGCUGUUGUCGCUCAAAUUAGCACUGUUCUCUAUGAAGAAAAGAUUUUUCCUGAACCUCUCACUUUCAAUCCGUCAAGGUUUAUCGACGAUUCCGGCAAAUUGAAAAAGAUUGACGAACUGAUCCCUUUUUCCAUUGGAAAACGACAAUGCUUGGGUGAAGGUCUAGCGAAGAUGGAGCUAUUUUUAUUUAUUGCAAAUUUAUUCAAUCGAUUUGAGUUGUCAUCGAUUGAUCCGAAAAAUCCACCGACAAUGAGGAAAACGUUUGGUACAACAGUAAAGCCUUUUGAUUACCAAUGCAUCGUAAAGGCUAGAGCUUUGUGA